AUGCUGAAGAAUAGCCAACCUGAGAUGCGCGAGCUUGAUCGUGAUUUGCGCAGCGUGCGCACUAUUCUCAUCAAAAUUGGCACAGAGAUUGUGCAUUCACCUGAGGGCUUGCUGGCCAUGGGCCAGAUUGGCAACAUUGUCGAGCAGAUCGCGGUGCUGCACAUGCGUGGCCACAACAUCAUUCUUGUAUCCAGUGGCUCUAUAACUAUCGGUAGAAUGGUACUACACCGCCAGUUUUUACUAUCAGGAUCCAUGCAGCUGCAUCUUGGCGGCCAAGUCGGCGACAACGUCCAGUUCUAUGAGAAAGCGUGCGCCGCCGCUGGUCAAAGCGGUCUACAAAGUCUUUAUGAAAUGCUGUUUGCUCAGUAUCAUCUGGCCUGCUCUCAAGUAUUAGCAUCUGAGGCUGAUUUUCGAGAGCCUAAAGUACGCGCCAACUUGCAGCAAACGAUGCGUGCCCUACUGAAAGUGGGUAUAAUUCCUGUCAUCAAUGAAAAUGAUGUCAUCACGCUACGUGAAACUCCAUUGACUGUCGACGACAAGAUCGCGUGGGAUAACGAUUCACUUGCGGCAUUAUUCGCGCAGGAGAUGAUGGUGGAUCUCAUGGUGCUUAUUACAGACGUGGAUGGCAUCUAUUCAGGCACACAGAACAACCGAAAGCUUAUUUCGAGGUUUAAGCGAGGUGAUACUCAGGUCAUCGCGAUGGAGAGUCGUGUAGGAGCGAUUGGACAGAAAGAUAAGCUACACUCGUGUAUACGUGCAGUGGACAGUGGUGCUGUUCGCGCUGCCGUUGUGGCUAAGGCAGAGCAGGGAGUAUUAUUACGAAUUCUUAAUAAUGAGCGUGUUGGCACUCUCUUUAUGUCAAGUGGAGAGCCCAUCGGCGAUGCAGAGGUAGAGGAGCAGCACAUUGAUCCACUCUACUCGGGUAUCGCCUCAAACAUCCGAAGUCACGCUAGCAAGCUUUAA